GAGAAGAAGGAGGGGAGGAAGGAGGGGAGGAAGAGAGGAAGAGAGAGAGACGCCGAAGCCGCCUCCGCCGAGCCCAGCAGGCGGGAGGGACGGACGGACGGAGGGACGGAGGCCGCCAGCGGCUGAGGCUCAGCAGGAGCAGCAAAAUGAAGGCCGGCUGCCCCGUCGUGGAGAAGCCGGAAGGAGGAGCAGGUGGAGGAGGAGGAGGAGGAGGUUACCACUUCCCAGACUGGGCCUACAAGACCGAAUCCAGCCCGGGCUCCCGCCAGAUCCAGCUGUGGCACUUCAUCCUGGAGCUGCUGCAGAAGGAGGAGUUCCGGCACGUCAUCGCGUGGCAGCAGGGCGAGUAUGGGGAGUUCGUCAUCAAGGACCCCGACGAGGUGGCUCGGCUGUGGGGCAGGAGGAAGUGCAAGCCCCAGAUGAACUACGACAAGCUGAGCCGGGCCCUCAGGUAUUACUAUAACAAGCGGAUCCUUCACAAGACUAAAGGGAAGCGCUUCACCUACAAGUUCAACUUCAAUAAGCUGGUGAUGCCCAAUUACCCCUUCAUCAACAUCCGGCCCGCUGGUGUCGUUCCCCAGAGCGCUCCCCCUGUCCCGACGGCCUCAUCCCGGUUCCACUUCCCUCCGCUGGACGGCCACUCUCCCACCGAAGACGCCCAGCCCAGCCGCUUCUCUGGCAGGUCCCUGGCGCCGCCCGGCCAAGAGGCGCUGAACAACGGCAGCCUUGCGGAGAAGUCAUCGCCAGUGCCAGAGCUGGAGGCGGGCUCCCCGGAUUGGCGGCGUGGGGUCGACCUCCUGGCCUCCCGCCACUCGGCCACCGCCCCGGGCGGCGUCGGCGGCCCCCAGAAGCGCAAGCCGGACCUGGUGCUUCCUCUCUUUGGCCGGGCCGGGAUGUACCCGGACCCUCACAGCCCGUUUGCCAUCUCUCCGCUCCCGGGCCGCGGCGGGGUGCUGAACGUGCCGAUCUCGCCGGCCUUGUCGCUGACACCCACCCUCUUUUCCUACAGCCCCUCCCCGGGCAUGAGCCCUUUUGCGGCCGGGGGCAGCAGCUGCUUCUCCUUCAACCCGGAGGAGAUGAAGCACUACCUCCACUCACAGGCCUGCUCCGUCUUCAACUACCACCUGAGCCCCAGGACUUUCCCUCGCUACCCGGGCCUGCUCAUCCCCCACCUCCCGUGCCAGGCGCCUCCGGAGGACCAGCCCCAGUUCCCCAUUAAGCUGCAGCCCCCGCCCGUGGGGCGCAAGAACCGCGAGCGCCUGGACAGCGGGGGAGGAGGAGGAGGGGGAGGAGGAGGAGGAGGAGGAGGAGGAGGGGGCCCUCCCGUGGCUUGUCAGCCCCCUCCGGCGUCCCCCCAGAUCAAGACGGAGCCCAUCUUUGACCAGGAGCCAGACAGCAGAGAUUCCCCGGCCAGAGACCUGGCGGAAGGGGCGAGCGCGGCUGUGCCUCUCAAGAGCCCCGAGCGGGAGAAGCCUCUCUUUGCCAGGCCGGUGGCCCCAUCGUGGACCUCAGCGUCGCCAGCAGCCGCCCAGGCCAGCUUCCCAGCGGUGGAAAGGCCCAAGCGAGAGGAAGGCGGAGCUGGUGAGAAGCCCCUCCAGGAGCCUGUGGGGGAGCCGGGGCCCCAGGAGAAGCGGGAGGAUGCCGUGAUGCCCCCCAAGCUGCGCCUCAAGCGCCGUUGGAACGGCGACCGGCAGGCAGAGACUGCCGAGGAGGGGGGCCAGGGCCGGAAGCCCUACUGGGCCAGCAGCCUGGACACCCCACACAUCCUCCUGGCCCCCAAGGCUGCGGUGGAUACUUAGAACGGCAGGGGCCCACAGUGGCCGGCUCCCUGGAUUGUG